CGACAAGUUCAAGCAAGGUCAAGCGAGUCCCACAUGUUACCAUGGUAGCACCAACACGACUGAACCAUCUAAGAUAAUUCCCACGACAACUCUUCCUUUCUGGCCUUCACGGUGAGGAGAUGCGUGGCAUGCUAUGAUCCAAUGCAUCUCAUGUUGGCAAAGUUGGUCAUGUCUCAAAAGCACUCGCUAUCAAAUUGUUGGCCGCGCCGUGGCUCGAGGGGCCGGAUCGUCUCAGUGGGAUGUGGUGUGUGGUGCUAAGGGCGGGCUCACAUUCACCCGAUGCUUACCGUUAAGAUUAACCCGAUCAGCAACCCAUCCGACAGCAAAUUAUGGCCGGCGACUUCCCUUAAUAGAAACAUUUUGAUGGCUCAAUUCACCAAUGAAAACCCACAGCAUGGACAACAUCAAGUCAAGACGAGACGAGGCCUGCACGCCCCAUGGAGUUCCGGUGAAGACAUCAGGAGUCGGGGAUCGAGACGCGAAAGCCGGGCGCGACCAGGCUCAACGAAAUCCGUGACGACUGGGACCCUCUCUAUGGCAAAGGAGGAUGCUGGCGACCAACAACUGUUUUGGCAAUACCUUAUUGGCGAUGUGGCCGUGCAAAAGCCCCUCGUCCCGUCUACCACAAUCAUUGUGCACAUGACGCCGAUUUUGGAGACCCCAUCGAUCGCUGAUUCGCCAAACCCUGCCUCUAUAUAUAGAGCCGUACCGCUCUGUGGCGGUGCCACAGCCACAUAUCCUCGUAUCUUGAAGGAACAUGCCUAAUCUUCCACCUUCUGUCUGGAGACAAGCUCCUGCUUGUUGAACAUAAUAUUAGAAGCCUUCAAGGAAGCAAUCAUAGGCGGGGUGGCAUCUCAUGACGUAUGGGAAUCGAAUGGAUGGAGAGACUGACUUUCAACGCCACGCCCCGUUGUCUCUCUUGUACGAGAUCCUGGGGUAAAAAUAGAUGCCAUUCGCAUUCCGGCUUCAGCAGUAGUACUGUGUAUGGCGGUUAUUCGAUCCGCCAGCAGGAUGGUGGUGGUGAAUCGCAACAAUGGCAGAGUCGUUACUCCCGUACCCGUCUCUCCAUGUUUUCAUAGUCGCCGGGUCGAUGCUUUCUCUUGGCCGGCACCGCAACCCCAAAAAUAGCAAGUUGAGGUCGUAGGGUAGGACAUGUGCCUGGCCGGUCCGGAAGGACAAUGAUGCCACAGCAGAUGGUGCGACUGCGAUG